GUCACUUCCAACAUGGCCACCAGGUGGGGGAUCUGCGGCGCGGGGAAGAUCUGCAACGACUUCACUGUGGCUCUCAGAACUCUUCCUGCUGAAGAGCACCAGGUUGUGGCUGUGGCCGCUCGCAAGCUUGAAGAUGCACAGGAGUUCGCCAACAAGUUCAGCAUCCCGCGGGCUUAUGGCGGCUAUGAGGCGCUGGCCCGAGAUCCACAGAUCGAUGUGGUGUACGUUGGCGUCAUCCAUCCGUACCACCUCUCUGCUUGUCUGCUGUUCAUGAACGCCAAGAAGAACGUUUUGUGUGAGAAGCCACUGGCCAUGAACGCCAAGGAUGUGAAGCAGAUCCUGGCCUGCGCCAAAGCCAACAACGUCUUCCUCAUGGAGGCUAUUUGGACUCGGUUCUUCCCGGCGUCGGUGGAGAUCCGGCGGCUGCUGGCGCAGGGGGAACUGGGUGACUUGCAGAUGGUGCGUUCAGAGUUCGGAGUUGCCAUCAGUCACGUUCCACGAUCCAGACUGAAAGAGUUGGGAGCCGGAGCCAUUCUGGAUAUCGGGGUCUACUGCCUGCAGUUCAUCUGCAUGGUUUAUGGUGGAGAGAAGCCGGAGAGCGUGCACGCCGCCGGAGUGUGCACGGACACAGGUGUGGAUGAAACUGUUGUGGUCACUUUGAAAUUCUCCAAAAACCGGAUGGCAGUGUUCAUGUGCUCCUCCACGAUCCUGCUGCCGAACGAAGCCAUGAUCGUGGGCACGAAGGGAAAUAUCCGGAUCCCGGCACACAUGUGGUGCCCCACAUCUCUUGUGGUCAACGGGAAGGAGACAGAGUUCCCGCUGCCAGAACCGUCGUUGCCUCUCAACUUCAUCAACAGCACUGGCAUGAGAUACGAAGCCGAGGAGGUUCGACAGUGUUUGCUCAAAGGGCUGAAGGAGAGUGCAGUGUUGCCCCACAGCGACUCACUGCUGCUAGCAGAGCUGGAGGACGAGCUGCGCAGGCAGAUGGGCGUGGCCAACAGCCAGGACUGCCAGUGAACUGUCGGGUACACGUCCUCCCACUCAAUAAAACCCUCAUGUUGCUCAAAUGCUCCCUCAGUCCUUCACAACGCAUGCGAGUCCCAAAGACAAGACAGUUGUUUGAUUUCAUGGACUUUACUGAUUGAAAUCCAGUCUUCCACAGCUCACCCCAUGUUCACUUUCAGCCAAACAAUCAGAAGCAUGUUAGACGGCGACACUCACAGAGGAGACGAACGAGCGCGAGGGGUUAUGAAGCCAUCGCUGGCGGCUCUGAAGGAAACUAAAUCACAUCCCAGGUCACUUAAAAAGGUGCUUAGUUUGAUAAAUGAACACUGUUUUUCUAAAUGCCAGCGAGUACAGAGAACACCUUACAACAUAAAUACAGCAGCUCUAACAAGACAUCCAAAACUGACAACUCUCUGACAAAAUAUAAGCAGUCUUGGAUGUGAAACUCACCACAUAGUCAAGUAUACUUGAGUGUAACAUAGCUCGGAGUGCAACACUAACACGCACACACAGAAAGCGCACACACAGCGGGUCUGUUUUGGUGGAGAGGUGGAGCCCUUGACGUUUCGUCACUUUGUUCGGUAGUCCGGCGGAGGAGUGUCGAUUACAUUUCAGUGCGAGGGGAGUGCUCCGGCAGGAUGGGCGCGUGGCCUCGCCACCAACUCCACCGAAAUCAGAGCGCAUGCACGAGGCCUGCCGACGGCACUCGAGUGAGCGCGGCACAGCAGUUUCUGGUCUGAGGUUGGGCCGACUGGAUUCAGGAAUCACUGUGAAAGGAAUGGACUGAGAAAGUGUGCCCUAAUUCUUCAGAGGUUCAUCUAAAACCGUGAGGUCGAGUGUGGAGAUGGGAUGUCGGGCAGGCGGGCUGGAGGAAACCUGAGCAGCUUUUUAGGCCACCAGGACCACACGCAUGGUGUUGGUGUAGCCAGAACCGGGGCGCCAGCCGGUCAGUACGAUGACAACGUCUCCGGUCUUGAAGAAGCCUCGGGCCUUACCUGUGAAGCAAAGGUCCACCCAUCAAUUAAAACAUUUUUGAGGGGCCAGGUACAUGUUCAGAGUGUGUUCAUCUUCACACAAUUUCAAAAUAAGAUCUCGCACAUGAAGAUGAAAUGUUGAUUAUUGUGUGUUUGCCGCACACCACAAAGAUAAAGAUUCUGCCUCACCACCGAUCGACAGUCACAUGACCACACGUGGAAAAAACUAGGUCAUUACAAGCAAAUACAUCUCAGAACAUGAAAGUUCGUGGAUGACGGUGGUUUUAUGCAUUUUUUAAACUACAAGAAUCCUGAAAGAAACAUUACUCAAUGGCAUGACACGUUUGCUCCUGGUGGAACUAAAAUGUGUUUUAUUUAACUUGAAGUACUCAAAAUGCACCGUUUUCGCUCUGGUGUCUGUAGCUCCGCAAGCGGAGCUGAUCUCCUGGAGGACUGGAGACGAGAAAGAGCAGCUGAGACCAGCUGUGGUGUUGGAACUUCGGACAUGUGGGUGAAAGCGGCACAUUUUGAGCGCUUUAAUGUGAAUAAAAGAUGUAAGGAGCUCAAGUUCAGAACAUUGCCGAGUUCGUCUCAUGACUCAGUCUCGAUGCUGGACCCCGUUUUCAACUAAUUUAGAAGUGAUCCUCAUGCAUUCUGAAGCUGGGUGCACCAUUGAUCUUUCUACAGGGCAGACAGCACCACUGCACCCGCGGCUUAUGUAUGAACAACAUCCAUUUUCUUACUUUAAUUUAGUGGCUAACAUUCCAGAAUUUACGGUAAUGAAAUUGAAGCGUUGCAGCCUUGUUUGUAGCACAUUAAAAAGUUCACGUUUUUUAAGAACUAUUUUUUUCUCUGCGACAUAACUAUAUUAAUAAUAAUCUUUACCCAUAUCCAUGGCGAAGUUGACGCGCAUGUCCACGUCCUCGGCCCAGACGUCGUGCGCCGGUUUAGUGUAGAGCACAGGGAAGAUUCCUCGGUACAGGUGGGCUUGGCGAGCAGUCUGCGCGUUACGGGUCACAGCCAGGAUGGGAGCGCGGGGCCUGUACCUGGAGAGCAGGUGGGCGGACCUGUGCACGGGCAGGGAGGAGACCAGAAAGAAUUUUAAUCCAAAUCAAAUAAUAGGUAGGCAACGUCAAAUUAAAGGGUUAAUUUAAGAGAAAUAUCCAUCUAGUAAUCUGAGUUAUAACAGUUCUUUCUUUUCCUUAAAAGAAAAAUCAUGUAUCAAGAGCAAAUGGAAGAGGCACUGCUACCAGUUUCAUUUCGCAAGUGCACAAGUUGGAGAGUGAGAUCUAAAAUGACAGCCCACUACCUUCCCCCACCCUGUGUAGCUCAAACACACACACACACACACACACGCAGAGAAGACAGGAUCUGGUGGGGGGGGUCUUACCUGCAGGAAGCAUCACGUCACUUCUUACCUCCCAGUCUUGGUGAGAACAAUGAUGGCACUAGCGCAGCAUUUGAAGGACGACUCGACGGCGCCCACGGCCACCGCCUCAGACGGGUCUCUGGUCAGCUGGGUGCUUCGGCGGAGCUCCUCAAAGAGCUGCCUGUGGAAGGUGGCGGCUUCGGCCUCUCGGGCUAUCUGAUCCCGGAAUCAUUGGGAAGGAUGUGGGGAGUUAAACUCAGUCAUGCUCACAAACACACUCCGCAGCAGCAGCAGCUCUCAGACCCCACUGGGGCAGACGGGCUCGCCAAACUACAACCUUAUCUAAUGCCCCUCAAGUAGGUGACGAGAUGUCACUUGGAAUAUUUGUACCAAAAUAAACUGAGACUGUUAUUUAUGAGCGUUAUGUUUUGUUUUUUUGCACCCCCUAGUGGCCAACAAGUUAGCUUUGUAACCAUGAUAAUUUCAUAACAUAAUAAAAAAUAAAUUGAGCGGAAAUGUGUAAAAUAAUCCGCAUUUAAUUACAUAGAAAAACUAAGCUCUUGAAUCCAAUAAUUAAAAAAAAAGAAAUCCAAUAAAACAAAACUCAAAGUUCAUAACUUUGCAGAGAACUUCAAAAGUUUGAAACAUACAUUUACGUGAUAGUCAUUGCUCUUCGAUUGAGUUUCAUACUAGUUUUCAGGAGGAUGCCAAUCCUCCUGAUCCUUAAAUUGACUUGCCAGUCUGCCCCAGUUACCUGCCCUGACCUGCCUCUCCCUACUCUCCCUCAUGAACACGGGAUCGAUGAGCGAGAACCUUCCGGGCUCAGACAUCCCGCCUACCUUCCAGAGCCUGUGAUCACAAUAAUUCCAGACGCUAAGCUCUUAAAGGAGGCCUCAACGGCACCGAUAGCAAUGGCCUCGGCCGGGUCUUUGCAGUACGGCGUGGAGCGACGCAGGUCCUCGAACACCUGCCGGUGGAACAUGGCCGCUUCGGCUUCACGAGCAAUCUGCCACAAUUGAAGGCGUCAAGCAAAGGCAUUCCCACACCAGGCCAGCGUGGAAGCAAGGGAAGGAAGUUACAAGGAGGAAGGACAAAAGGGCAAGGAACACAGGACAGAAGAAGAUUAUUAGACACAACCAAGAAACCACAGGUGAGGGAAGGUGAAGUUGAGUUUGAGACAAGUUAGUGGGGGAGAGAAACAAAUGCAUGAGUGUCAAAAUAUUCCAAGAUUCACCACCUGUCAUGACAAAUUACACAAUGGAGGACCAACAAUUGAAAAUUAACAAUGUGGAUUAGAUCACAUACAGUGGUUAUACACACGCGUGAAAGUGAGAAAGCAAAGAGCAAGAAGCAGAGUUGUUUUUAUGAUGCGGUGCCUCAAGAGGUGCUUAUGUAGCGAACAUAUGAUCCAAACUGCUUCA